ACAAUGGCGAGCGCAAAACUUGCAAUUGCCAAUCACUUUAUACAUACUCUUCUCAACGGUUCCCCCUUCUCUCUAUCUCUAUUUUGGUCUUCGUUUUUCUGCUCUUAAUCUUUCUCCCUUUGGCAUCACACCAUUUGUUCACACCAUUUGUUUCUUUCUGUGCACGCUACCUACCAGCUAACAGAUAUAUCACCACCCUAUUUUUUUUUCAUCUCUUUUUUCUGAUCUGUGUUGUGUUUCUCACGGUUUCCUUGAGUAGAGUUUUUUUUUUUUUUUUCUUUUUUCUUGGAUCAAGUGUAAACCACAUUUGGAAUAGCCGAAUAGCUGUUUCUUGCUGAGUGAUCUUCUGGGGUGGUUUGAACAGUUUUAUAGAAGCUUCUGGCAUAAGGGACAAAUAAAAUAAAUCUUUAAGCUUUUUGUUUGGUUUUGGUUGUGGUUGGUGUUAUGGGACAAGGACAGGUUUCACGUGUGAGGCAGCUACAAUGAGUGGUGUUGGUGGUGGGUGCCCCUGCCCCAGGGGCAAUAGUGAGUGUUCCAUAGAGGAUCUGAAUGGCGAUACAGUGGGGAAUUUGAAUCAGAAUGCUGCCAAACCUCCAAGGGACCAUUCGGUUAUGCGCCAUUGCAUCAGCUCUUCUUGGUCUGCUGAAACGGAAUCAAAUAUGAAUAUUGUUGGACUUAAAUCAAGCACAGAAGAAAAAUCGAACUUUUCACUUGUAAUGCGAUCUGGAAGCUGUUCUGAUAAAGGACCAAAGCAGUACAUGGAGGAUGAGUUCAUAUGUGCUGAUAUUCUUAGUGAAUGUGUCGAUCUAGGGGAAGACCUUCCUUCUCCUGCAGCAUUUUAUGGGGUAUUUGAUGGACAUGGAGGUGUUGAUGCAGCAUCAUUUGCCAGAAAGAACAUUCUCAAGUUUAUUGUUGAAGAUGCUCACUUCCCAUGUGGAAUUAAGAAAGCAGUUAAGUGUGCAUUUGUGAAGGCUGAUCUUGCAUUUAGAGAUGCUAGUGCUCUUGAUAGUUCAUCAGGCACCACUGCUCUAAUAGCCCUUAUGUUGGGAAGUUCCAUGCUUAUUGCCAAUGCAGGAGAUUCUCGUGCUGUAUUGGGCAAACGAGGCAGAGCCAUUGAACUUUCCAAAGACCAUAAACCAAAUUGCACAUCUGAAAGAUUAAGAAUUGAGAAACUGGGUGGUGUCAUCUAUGAUGGAUACCUCUAUGGCCAACUAUCGGUGGCACGUGCUCUUGGAGAUUGGCACAUCAAAGGUUCUAAAGGUUCCAAGAGCCCCUUAAGUUCUGAACCUGAACUAGAGGAGAUUGUGCUGACAGAAGAAGAUGAGUUUUUGAUAAUGGGAUGCGAUGGAUUAUGGGAUGUGAUGAGUAGCCAGUGUGCUGUUACAAUGGUGAGGAGGGAGCUCAUGCAGCACAAUGAUCCCACCACAUGUGCAAAAGUACUUGUUGCUGAAGCCCUCCAACGCAACACCUGCGACAAUCUGACAGUUGUGGUGGUGUGUUUCUCCAAAGAUCCACCUUCUAAAAUUGAAAUUCCUAGAUCAUAUAGGAGGAGGAGUAUUUCUGCUGAGGGCCUUGAUCUUCUCAAGGGUGUCUUGAAUGGUAGAUGAAUAAAUAAAACUUGUUACUGAUUGAUUUGUACAGAUUAUUGAGUAGGGUGUUCUUCAGUGGGGAUUUUUCUGACUAACUGCUACCCCUGCUGCCCUUGAACAUUGUUGUUUGCUUAAAUGUCAAUGCCAAUAAUAAUGUUACACAACUUGUACCAAUCAGACUCAGGCCUUCUUUACUUAUACUAUACAAGAACUAUGAUCACCCGGCAAGGUUCACACAUACUUCUGGUCACAAGCUUCUUGAAGUCCAAUUUUUGAGAAUCCUUCAGCGCUAGUCUUCCCAUUUUCAAUGGCGGGAAGUGAUACAAAUACACAAUACAACAGCAAAUUUAUAUUUUCCAAUGAAAAGAGUUAUGAAGUAAAAUGUUUUUUUUUCUUUCUUUCUUUUUCCCUUAGUUUAUCUUUUACAACACUCUCAAGUCAUUGUAAAUUUGUUAGGAACAUUCACUUUGUUUUCUGAUUGUUGUUGUUGACCUUUUUUUGCCUCUACACAUUUCGGAAAUGAAAGGAAGCAC